CGAACGAGCACGUGCUCUGACUAAUGGCGCGUUCAAGCGAUCCUGUAAGCGCUCCCUCUACUCUUUUCGUUAGUACACCCUUGUCCAAUUCCAAUGCAAAAUCUUCCCUCAGACAUUCAAGAAUUCCUUGAGAGCUAUCCUGAUGGAAGCGAUGACAGAAGUCUAUCGGACAAUCUCCAGUUUUACAGCAAUCGCCUACGAUGUCGCCCUGAUAAUCUCCUGGUUGAGCAAAUUCACGAACGCUGGAUUGGCGACUACGACAAACUUGAGUACAAACAUGGAUUUAUACAAUGGCUAUUCCCGAUCAGAGAAUAUGGCAUGAACUAUGAGUCUCAACCUCUCCAACCUCACGAACUUGAAGCCUUGAAAUCAGAUCCAUACGCAAUCAGUCGUAUCAUUGCAUCGUACAAGCUUAUGCUCGAUUUCUAUGGCAUGCGUCUUGUAUCUCUCGAAACUGGCGAGGUUGGACGCUCGCUCACUCCACGAAAUUAUGUGGCGAGGUACAAGAAUCUUAUUCGUUCCUCGCACAAUAACCUUCGAAUAUCUCGUAUUUUAAAAUGCUUGUCGGAAUUUGGACUGGAGCGGCUCAACCGUGGAUUUUUGCUGCAUGUACUCAACGAACAGAGCCAGUCGAAAGAGCUGAAUUCAUCGGGAAUUCGAGGCAGUAUGGAUAGAUGGUGGGCCAAUUGUUUACGAAACGAUGCAGACAGAGCUUGGAUUCAGGCAACCAUUGCUAGGGUUCGUGCCGGCAAUGGGUUUGUCUUCACUAGAGAGUUAUAUCGGGAGGCUCUAAAAAGGCGUUUAUCAAAUGGACAUUUAGGAGAGGCUGUCAGCGAUGAAGCCUAGAUGAUUCUGACUGUAGAUUAGAUUACUUGACGAGAGGAUAUUAACAAUAACAGCUUCAACCAUCGUACAUCCAAGGUUACACAGCUGAUGGCAGUCAUUCAACCGCAGUGUUCACGCUUGUCUUUUCCUCCAUUUAAUGGCUGGUUUG